AUGAGGUAAACCAAAAUAUGUUAGCAGCCAGAUUGUAAAAAAUUUCUAAUAUCUUAAAAUGAAAAAGAAUCUAAAAUUCGUUGCAAGGAUUGUCAUAAUAAAAUAUUUCAAUAAAGCAUAACUUAAAUAUCAGAGAAAAAGAAUUAGUUAUUAAUAAGGAAAAAAUAGUUGUAAGAAGAAUUUGAAUAGUAUUUUAAAUAGAAUAAAUAAAAAUGGGAUGAGGGUGUAGAACAGAUAUUAAAAGCUCUUAGAGUAAAACAAUUAUAAGAAAAAAAAUAAGCAUUAAUCAACAAUGUCAAUGUUCGUAAACGUAAUUUAGCUUCAUAUUAAGAAGAAUUAGAAAAUCACAUAUAACUUAAUGGAUAACUAAAAUAAUUAUCAUAAUCAAUUUAAGAAAAAUAUUACAAUCUGAAAAAGACUCUUAAAUAAAAGCAAAAGGAUAUUUAAAAGUUAGAAAUGUAAUUAAAAUAAAGAUAGUACAUCAUAUUUACUCAAUUACCUUUUCUUUUUGAUAAUCAUAUGAUUUACAAAUAUUAUUAAAUCAACGAUGAAAUAUAAGAAACCUUUUAUGAUACAAUAAAUGAACUAUCAUAUAGCUAACAUGAAGAUGUUCUUUUAUUUAGUACUAGUUUUUUUAACUUGGAUCUUGCAUAAUAAAAUUAGUGUACUAAAAUCAAUUCGAAAAAAGUAGAAAUAUGUUUAACUCUAAAGAAAAGUAUAGUUAAAUGGAAUGAUAUCCUUCGUGAUAAUUUACAAUAUUAUGAAAACUUUAUAACCUCUAUUAUUAAAGUUUAUAAAUUAAUCUACUUUAUUGCUAAUUUAUUUCAUAUAGUGUUGCCGUAUGUGAUUUAUAUUGACAAUCAUGGUUACCCUUAAUUUUUUGAAUAUGAAAUAUUUUCAUACAAUAGAAUAUCAAACUAAGUUAAUUUUAAAGAAUGUUCACUCACCCAAAUGUAGAUUAAUAUUUUUUACCUUAAAUAUUAUUUCAACAUCGAUAUUUAAGAUAAACUUUACUCAUUUUUUGAUAUAAUUGAUUUACUAUAAUCUAUUUACGAUAAAUUAGAGUUUCAUCAAUUUGAUUAAUUCAAAAAUUUAACUUAAGUUUAUAUUUCAUAGAUUAAAAAUUCAGAUAAUUAAUAAGUUAAUAAAAUUUAAUAGAAAAGGAAACCAAUUCCUAUAAAAUUAGUUUAAGCAUAAUACCUUAAAUUUCUACUUUAACAUUAAAUUUCAGAGUAAUAGAUAAACAAUAGAAUGGAUAAUUUCUAUGAUUUUUCAGAUGUAGAAUUUAUACAAUGA